GAUUACAAAAACAAACUGACUUUUCUUUAUUAUGUAGAAGAGUGAAGUGACAGCUCGACGUGCAUAAAAAAGUUAGUUUUCCCGCAAACAAGUGCUUGAUAUUUUUAAUUUUAGUGCAACGAAUGCAAGAAAAAGUGCCCAAGAAUCCGUUUGUUGUGUAGAAUUGGAAAACUCGUGGGGAAAUUGUGUGAAUUAGGUGUGAAAAUCAAAGUUUUUGGGCGUUCUUCAAUGCAAUUAUGGCUUCAAUUCAUCUGCCCUCCAUCCUGCAACCGAAGAAAUCUCAUGCAGAAAUUGAGCAGGAGCAAUUCCUCAAGUGCUUGGUGAAAAAGUGAAUUAAUAAAAAAAGGGAGAAAUAUUGUGAUUAACCUUUGCACGUCCAUCCUAUAUGUUCCUUACUAACAAGCGAAUUUUCUGAAACAACAUACUUAUUGCAAUUAUGGCACAGUCUGACAAAGUCUUUUAUCAGUUGACCAUCAGUAUCAGCAAGGCUCUCAAUCCUGCGGAGUUUCCACUGAAGGUGAAACAUGCGCGGGCAGCAAUUAUUGGGACAUUCCACAGUGGUGGAGCCCAUUCUUUUUGGGCAAUUGCCCUGCGCCAGCCUCUUCAGGAGAAUCGCAUCACAGCGUGGAAAUUUUGUCAUUUACUGCACAAAGUGCUGCGGGAGGGGCACCCACUGUCGUGUCAGCACUCACUGAGACAACGUGGAAUGCUCACGGAGCUAGGGAAGCUCUGGGGGCACCUCAAGGAUGGCUAUGGGGCAUGCAUAAAGCAGUACACGAAGCUCUUGGUGACAAAGUUGGAGUUUCACGAUAGAAAUCCACGAUUUCCGGGGAGUAUGGCACUGAAGAAGGGGGAAUUGGAGCAUAUUGGGGGCAAUGACAUCAACUACUAUUUCCAUUUGGCCGUUGAAAUGUUUGACUAUCUCGACGAAAUAAUCGCCCUCCAGGAUGCAGUUUUCAAAAGUCUAACUUCGUUCCAUGUGAGUUCGAUGACAUCUGCUGGUCAGUGUCGUGUUGCUCCACUCAUUCCCUGUAUUCAAGAUUCGAGUCCCCUGUAUGACUUCCUUGUGCGCAUAAUGUUUAAAUUGCAUUCAAAUUUACCCGCGGAACUGCUGACGGGACAUCGUGAGCGCUUCCGGACUGCCUUUGGGCAGCUCUCAAAGUUCUACGAUGAAUCACGGAGUUUGCAAUACUUCAUGACGCUCAUCACGGUGCCCCAGCUACCGUCGCAUGCUCCAAAUUUCUCCUCCCAAGUUGAUUUUGGGGAAUAUCAAGCACCCGUUGUUGUGAUCCCGGAUCAAGAGCCCGAGCCUGAUGUUGAGGAGUUUGUGGAUAAUCUCGUGGAUAUGACGGUGCAACAGCAACGACCGCACGAAGUUGAGCAACCACCGCCACCACCGGCAGUUGAUUUUGAAAAAUUAAUCAUCGAAAGGGACGAAUUAAUUAGGCAUUUGCAAUUGGAAGUUGAUCGUCUGGGGCGUACGGUUAAGAGUUGCAAUGUGGAAAAUCGGGAGCUACAGACACGGUUUGAGGAGCAAAUGGCCACGAUGCAUUCAGAGCUGGCACAGGCACAGGAUGAGAUGGAGCUGAUAAAGAUGCAAAAGGAAGAGCUUGAAUUGAAAGCUGAAACUGCACCAACAUUGGAGCAGAAGGCCAUUGCGGAGGAGGAACGUGCAAAAGCGAGUGAGGAGAAAUUUCAGAAAUUGAAAACAAUGUAUGGUCAAAUACGGGAUGAGCAUGUGAAGCUCCUGAGGCAACAUGGAGAGGUGAGUAAGCAACUUGCAACGACGUCAAAGAUGAUUUCGGAUGUUACCAAAGAGAAGGAAGAAUUGAGGUGCAAACUCGAAGAUUUGGAGCAUGAGCAGGCAAAAGCGGAGGAACAUCUGCAGCAGAGCUCCAAUGUGGUGCGUCAGGAGAAUGAGGAAUUGCAGGCAAAAUUCAAGGAGCUUCAGGAGAAAUUUGAAGAUAUGGAAGCAAGUAGAUCAGCUGAAAUUGCCGAAUUGCGAAUAACAUGUGAGAACUUGAGUAAAUCCAUGGAGGAGGCAAAGAUUGAGAAUGAACAACUACAGACAGCAAGGGAGGAUCUAAGUGGUGAGAAGGAAUCUCUCACUGCGAAUUUGGAUGCACUCAAAGCCAGUCAUGUUGAGGAAAUUGGUAAUUUGCAGAAGGAGAUUGAGCAUCUAAGGGUGGAGCUUGAGAAGGGUUCCAAAGAGACGACGGAGCUGCAGGAGGAUUUUGAGAAACAAAUUGCAACGCUGCAGAGUGAAAAGGAUGAGCUGGAUGCGAAAUUAGCUGAAGUGCUGGUGGAGCGAGAGAAGGAAGUUGAGGUGCUAAAUUGUAAAUACAGCGAAGAAGUCAAGAAGGGUGAAGAGCUCAAGGCAGAACUCGAGGAGACGAUUAAACAAGUUGAAGAUGAGAGAGAAGCACUCAAAACAGAUAAAGAGAAUCUUUGUCAGGAGAUUGAAGGCCUUAAAAAUGAUCUACAAAGUAAAUCCGAAGAAAUGGAAAGCAUCCAGGGGACUCUGGAAGCACAGCUGAGUAAAGCAAAGGGCGAAAUUGAGGCACUCAAGGGUAAUAUUGAGGACAUUAAAACUAAACACGAGCUUCUCGUGCAGAACUACGAUCGUCUGAUGUUGGAAAGAUCUGAUAGGGAAUGUGAUUUGCAAGAUUUACUUCAUCAACAGACCGAAUUGGAGGAGAAGCACGUUGCAACAUUGGAGACCGUUGGGAAUCUCGAGGCUGCCCUCAAGGAUGCUCAAAUUCACGGAGAAGUCGUUGUACGAUCACUCCUGGAGGCGUGCAUCAAGUCCAGCGAGGCAUUGGCAACAAGGGCUGUUUCUGAGGAUGAAUUCAGCAGUGGACCAGCCGGAAGUGCCGCCUACUUUGGGCUCUUGGCCGAAGAACUCACGGAUGUGCUGACAAAAUUGGGAAUUGGGCAUGAGCAGUAUGUGGCGGAUAAUUCAAGUGUUGAGACAUUUGCGCGCAAAAUUAUCAUGGCGGGACACCUCAUGGCAACCGUUCAAAUGCAAGGAGCCAUCGUCUGUAGCUCCACGUCUGACAUUGAAUAUGGAGAACAAAUUGCUGAAGAACUCAAAAAUUGGUACAAUAAGCAUCACGUGGGGCUUUUUGAGAGUCUCCUCAGUACAAAGGACACUGCAGUUGCUGCAAAUUGCCUCAGUGAGACCAAGACACACCUCCAGGCAAUUGCUGAACGUGUUGGGGCAUUGAGUAAGAAGUUGGAUCCAACGGAAAAUAUCGGGGAUAUGUUUGAGCAGGAGCUAUCGAGUAUGGAUAAGGCCAUUGAGGAGGCAGCUACGCGCAUUGAGGAGAUGCUGUCGGCGUCUCGGGCAUCGGAUUCGGGUGUGAAGUUGGAGGUGAAUGAAAAAAUUCUCGAUGCAUGCACAUCCCUCAUGCAGGCCAUACGGGUGUUGGUGCAGAAAUCGCGUCUUGUACAGGGAGAAAUUGUUGCCGUGGGCAAGGGUACGGCGACAGCAAAGGAAUUCUACAAGAGGAACCAUCAGUGGACCGAAGGGCUCAUUUCGGCAGCUAAGAGUGUCGCACAGGGGGCUAAUUUCCUCGUUGUGGCUGCCAAUAAGGCGGUAUCGGGUGAUGCUAAGCAUCAAUUGGACUUGGUAGUGGCUGCACAAGAGAUUGCAGCCUCCACAACGCAACUCGUGGUGGCGAGUCGUGUUAAAGCGCCCCGUGGAAGUGGGAAUCUUGCUGCGCUUGGUGCUGCUUCGAAGAAUGUGACACAAUCAACGGCAACUGUUGUGGCAACAGCCAAGGAUUGCACGAAACGCCUCGAGGAUUCGCAGGAUUUGGACUUGGAGAAGCUCACGGUGCAUCAGGCAAAACGCAUGGAGAUGGAACUGAAGGUACGUGUGCUGGAGCUGGAGCAAGCUCUGGAAUCCGAGAGACUUCUCUUAGCGGCAUUCCGGAGGAAAAAUUAUCAAUCCGGCGAGGAGGGGAACAAAGUAUAAAGCAUCACAGCUCCCGCAACCAUUAAUCACUUUUUUUUGUACCGAAAUUUUCUAUUUUAUCGAUUAGUAGUUUUUUUUUAAUCCUCUCCGGAAAGUCUAAGAAAUCCCGGAUGUUUCUUUAUUAUUUUUUUUUUUAAAGAGAAUCAGAGAUUUGAGGAAUAAACUGUAAUAUUUACGCAA